GGGUUGGCAGGCGCCAUGUCCAGUCAUGAAGGUGGCAAGAAGAAGACCCUGAAGCAGCCCAAGAAGCAGGCCAAGGAAAUGAAUGAGGAAGAUAAGGCAUUCAAGCAGAAACAGAAGGAGGAGCAGAAGAAACUCCAGAAAACAAAAGCCAAGGCCUUGGGUAAGGACCCCCUGGCCACUGCUGGAAUUAAGAAAUCUGGCAAAAAGUAAGCUGUUCCUUGUGCUGGAGAUAAUGGUAAUCUUUAAUUCUAUUACUGGUUAAACAUCUGGAUUCCCUGUGUAGCCUCUGUUGCCAGCAGCACCUAGAAU